AUGAUUCGGCACUUUCCCGCGCGCAACUUAGUGAUGUUGGGGCUUCGGUAUGCUCUGGGCCUCGAUGGGGCGUUCGAUCUGCAAGAUAACAAAUGCUCGGUAAGACCUAGGGUACUGGUGUGGUACUGGCCUAAGGCUCUCCGAUGCUUAAGUCUUGGGAGGUGUGCAAGUUGUUUAGAAUUUCGAUGUGGGACUGUGGACUCCAAUUGUGGGACUGCCACGUGUCCAUGGGGUGAAGUUGCCCUAAUCGUGCGAUCGGUAGGAACGGUACGGAAGCUAGGAGUCCCCCAAGUUCUCUUGCGAGAGUUCUCGGAAGGGGACUUGAAAUUGUCUUCGGCAGGAAAUGUUGUCCUACUGUUCGGUAAUCCAGCUGGUGGAGGGGCUCAACUUUGGCCCUUCCGUUCAUGUUCAUUCGGAGGCUAA